AAAAGUAGGAUCUUUUUUAUGGUUGAAGCCUUCUUUUGAUUUUGUCCCGUUUCCCAUACCAUAGCCCCACAUAAAAUUGAUGUUUGAACCCACCUUCCACAGGAAGUAAGCUGUCAAAGCGAUGCGUUCGCCUGUUCGACAGAUACAUUGAUCCUGCAUGGACCUGUGAUACAUGUACUGAGUCUGACUGCUCGCACAGUUUCGAUGAGCAGAAUUGUGCUGCUGGCUGUACUGCUGUACUGGACCCAUGGCGAUCAGCUGUAACAACGGAGGUUGUGUCCCUGCCUCAUACCGUUGUGAUGGUUUCGACGAUUGUGGAGAUAACACAAUCCCCUUUGUUUCGAACACAGGACCUAUUAAAUUAGAUGUGAACAUUGUACCUCUAGAGGACGAGAGUCUCUAUAGGAAAAAAAUGUGCAUACUUCGAAUUGCCACAGCUCGAUUGAUUAAAGACCAACAGUCGCCAAACUAUGCAUUGAGGUUGAAGGCAGUGAGCUGUGAAAGCGACCAGUUCGCCUGUUCAGACAAAUGUAUCAAUGCUUCGUGGGUCUGUGAUGGUGAGUCUGAUUGCCUGGACGGUUUUGAUGAGCAGAAUUGCACUGCUGGCUGUAUGGGACCCAACAAGAUCAGCUGUAACAACGGAGGUUGCGUCCCUGUCUCAUCCCGUUGUGAUGGAGACAACGACUGUGGGGAUUCCACAGACGAGAAACAGAUGAACUGUGCCAACAGUACUUGUCAAGCUAACCAGUUCAAGUGUGAUACAGGAGCUUGUAUCCCUGACAGAUGGAGGUGCGAUGAUGACAACGAUUGUAGAGACAAUUCGGACGAGAGAGAUUGUCAAACGUGUUCGGGGCCUACUGUAUUCCAAUGUAACAACACAGUCUGCCUUUACAGUUUUGAACUAUGUGACGGGGACGAUGACUGUGGAGACAACAGCGAUGAAGUAGGCUGUACUUGUAGCACUGAUGAAUUCACCUGCAAGUCAGGCGAAUGCCUUGCGUACCACUACCGAUGCGAUGGGCAGUUUGACUGCAACGAUAACUCUGAUGAGAAAGACUGUCCAGACAUCCACCCAGCAGCGUGUGGCGAUAAGCUGACCCUUUCUGACUGCGCUCACAUGAACGUCACCUCUUACCCCAUCUGUCAAAACGAAGACGACGCCUUUAAGUAUUGUAGAGAGUUUUGUGGUCUGUGCAAACAGAACUAGAUGAACUCGACAGAUACCUUAUAGAGACAUCACUGCUCUUUAUGUAAUAGUCAAAGUCAUAGAGAAAAAGUGGCUGUCCAUUUUAAGUAGACAAAACGUAUAGAUAGAAGAUAACGUUCAUUUUUUUCCGGCUCUCACUUUCCUUCUAUUGAUUUUUUCAACAACACCUUCGUGUGAUCGAAUAAAAGUAGUGAAGUCUACUUUGAAAAUUAGUCUAUCACUUGUUAAGUUUUUAAAAAAGACUUGUUUCAAAGUAUAAUAAUACUACUAGGUAGGAAGAAUAAGUAUAGAAACACUGCCUCGUCUCAGGAUAGUAUCGUAACUAAAAUUGAAGUACUUUAGGCAUAUAUGCAAUACCAUGAUUCACCUAAGAGAUGUACUCUCUCUACCUGCAUCGGUUGGUCUUCUUCCUAACGAAAAGCCAUGAUUUUAACAAUACACAACUCUCUCUCUCUCUCUCUCUCUCUCUCUCUCUC